AUGAGCGAAUGCUUAAAAACUCGGUUUAAUUUGAAACCAACAAGUUUUAAUGUCAUACACAAUCUCACUUACGCGGUGCAAUACCUGUUUUUGAACACAGUGCAUUUAUGGCAAGUACGCUUUGGAGCAUGUGAAAUCUCCAAUGACACAGGAAAUGAUCAUCAAAGAGGAGCAGGUCAUUUUAAACAGAUUAAGCAUAUUUUUACAAGGGGAAGCAAUGCAUCUAAACGGAUCUCAAAGUCGCUUUCAAAUCGGCAUGCAAUUGUUCAUUUAUUUACUAAAGUAAAUGAAAUUACCAACACACAGAUGAAAUUGCAUGCGUUGCAAUUGAGUGUUUGUGUAUUUAUUGAUAUAUUGUUGAAUUCAAACAGCUUAAAACUACUUGUGAUGAAAAUACUUGGUUUCUAUCCCCCCAUUAUUCUAUCCUUUUACUCAUGUGUGCGUUUGCGUAUUUUCUAUCUAUUUGUUUGCCACCUUCGUGUAAAACAACCUUUUUUAAAGUUACAUAUUUUGAUUUGUGCCACCACAGUGAAGGGUAGACAGACUCGCCUCCAAACAAAAUUGAUCUAUUUGUAUACAAUGAACCUGUGGAUCAGUAGAUCUGGCAGAAACAGCAGAGUGGACCUUUUUGCUUGCAAAUGUUGUAAAGAAAUCUGCACAGUGACGAGUACAUUUGCUAUGAUGACAGCUAAAAAGCAAUUUAUCUUCCUCAUUUUCACAUCCGAAUUACAUUAUCUGCAAAAUUUUACAUGCGGUUAUGCCCGGCGCGAAAAACAACAGAGCAAACGGAAGCAAAAUGAUACUCGCAUAUGUGGACCUAAAAACAAUGCACUGAACAGUAAUGCUGUCAUUUUAAAAUUACUACGAGCGAACAAAAGUAUAAAUAACAACGAAAUUUGCUGCAUAUUCUUGCGAAAUUUUGUGCCAUUCUUUACUUUUGAAUGUUUAGGUAAAUUUGGCUUUCUAGUUAGUGGAACGAAUUUCUUCAUUGUUUCUGAGGCACGAUUACCUCCAAGAAGAAUGUUUGCUCAUCAGGGUGCUAGUUAG